AUGUUCGCUCAUCUCUACGAGGAAGUUGGCCAUAUCAGCAUGGGCAACUGUUCCAUUUCCAAUACAGUACUUCCAUUGAAUGACACCAAAGAGCAGCUCCCGAACCCUUCCGCAGGGCUAACCCUCAAACAUAUCGCAAUUGGCCGUGGUACUCAAAACUACUCAUGCCCAGAUGCCUCCGGGCCACGGAGUACUACGCAGCCAACGGCUGUUGGUGCUGCAGCCACACUCUUUGACGCAUCUUGCGUUGCAGCACAGUCCUUGACAUUAUUGCAUGAGUUACCUCCUUUGGUGGGCACUGCUUCUGUCGGAUCUCUCGGCUUUCUUGCAGAAGCCUUGAGCCUCGCUACGAACUCGACCGAUCUUAUACUUGGAGAGCAUUAUUUUAAUGCUGACGGGGACCCAGUGUUUGACUUGCGGCUGGGAGGGUCUGGUGACUGGGCUGUCACAUCAAAGAAAGCUUCUGUUGAUGCUCCUCAACCUCAGGAUAUUCAUAAGGGCAAGUCCUGUGCGGCCAGCAAGGCCAAGAUCGAGAAUGUUGCUUGGCUAAAGCUCGACAGAAAGAGCGGAACCGGCAUCCAGGAGGUGUAUAGGGUCGUCACGUUUGAAGGCUCCCCACCUUCAUCAUGCGCUGGACAGAAUAGCACGGUCUUGGUGCAGUAUGCAGCAGAAUAUUGGUUCUAUGGGUGA